AUGGGUCCCCUGUUUCUGCAGUUACAAGUCCUGAUUUUGUCAACGGUGUUGUACCAUGGAGCUGGAUGGCAACGGGGCGGGUUUGGGAUGGGUUUUGGUAAUCCCGACCCCAUCCCCGAAUAUGAAAAUCGAUCCCAUCACCAACCCGAAUCCCAACAGAUUGUAGCCUCGGAAUCCAUACGAGACACUGGAGCAGUUGCAAGUUCUCAGGCUGCUGAAAUUGGGCUUGAUAUUCUAGCACAAGCAAUCCAGACGAGCAUUGUGUUUACAUUAGAAGAAAGCCCUAGGGUCUUGUUCAAUGCUUUAGCUGUGUUUGCUCUAAGGGAGAUCAACUUAUCAAAAAGUGAAAUAUUAGCUGUCGGGAUGGCACCUUAUGCUCAUCUGGCGGUUUAUAAAGUAUGUUUUGGUCUAGAUUUGCCAGAGAGUGACAUCUUAACCGGGCUUGAUGCUGCAGUAGUUGAUGGAGCUGAUGUGAUAUCAAUUUCUAUUGGAGAAGAAAACAUGCCUUUUUUUCAAGACAGCAUUGCAAUAGCUCAUUUGCAGCUAUCCAAAAAGGAAUAUUUCCAAAAGGCUCCCCUUCUUCUACACUUUUACCACUCGUGUAUGCUGGUGAAUGCAGUAAAGUUCAAUAAAUAUUCAUCUGUUGUUGUAUCAGCAGGGUAUGAUCGUUCCUUACGUGCCUGGGACUGUAGAUCUCACAGCACUGAGCCAAUUCGGAUCAUUGACACCUUUCUAGACAGCGUUAUGUCUAUCUGUUUAACAAAAACUGAGAUUAUUGCUGGUAGUGUUGACGGAACUGUACGGACAUUUGAAAUCCGGAAUGAUGGAACUUUUGAAAGGAGUAGAAAGAGGGGCAUAACAGUCUUUUCAGAUUAUGCUUGGAGUAGUGGAGAUCAAGUUGAUGUUUGGGUACAAGAUAGCUGGCAUGAAGCAAUUGUUAUGGACACAAAUAAGAUUGAUUUGACUUCUUUAACUGUCCAGUUUCCUGCUCAAUCAAAGGCAUCAAUUGUUAGGUCAUGGCAUGUGAGGCCAACUCUUGUCUGGAAGGAUGACAAGUAG